AUGAAGUCAUCGAAGACAGCAAAGGCAAACAUCAGGUCAUCGUCUCUAGACCGACUUGAAGACCCGAGUUCAAACGACAAUGGUGUAUGUGUAUCCGUGGUUUCAACAAAUCAACGUUCACAGCCAAUAAAACUAAAACCCAAGAGGAAAACUAAUCAAGAAAUACCUGAAAAUACUUUAUGUGAACCUAGGCAUAUUCCAGGCAGACAGCCUGCGGUCUACAAAAUAAAACAAUGUGAUAAAGAAAAGCAGAAAAGAUAUAAUACAACCAAUCCACAGCCUAUGCAAGAUGAUUCUUUAUUGCCAAAGAAGAUGACCCAUUCGUCUAAAAGCAAUUUUAGUUCAAAUGACAUUUCAGUACCAACGAAAGGGACAAAGAAAAAGGAAAAUAAUUCCACACGUCAGCAAUCGGUCGAAAAUGAGUCAACUUUUGAAUCAGAAUUACCAACGGAAGAGCCCUUCACACCUCUUAGCGACAGCAUUGUACCAGAAGACGUACUUCAGAAUUCUUCCCAUGAUAUCGAGAACUCUGCAGACGGAGCCUUACAAGACUCAAAAGAGGUACACAACUCUGAGCGUGUUAAUGCUAAUAAAACAAAAGCAAUACACAAACAUCUACAUUCCAUUCGAGGUAGAGAAACAGUGAGCAGCAAGUCAGACAGCCAUGAACGAUGUGCUAACUUUGCCAGGACACCACGAAGUAGUAGACCAACCACAGUCGAUAAAGAAGUUCCUCCCAGAGCGCGUAGAUGUUUGUCAUUCAACAGGGACAACAAACAAAAUGUUUCAUCUACAGUUCGAGUUAACAUUGGCCCGAGUCCUGAAAGCCCCAUCAAAAGGUCAGAAGAAAACAGCAGUUCUGUGGACAGCUUGAGAAACCUGAACCUGGAGUUACGUGAUCAGGUGUUAGAUUUACGACAGCUGAGGCAGCAAGAGCAUGAGAGGUUGACCCUGGCACUGGCCGAGCAGAAAGAGAAGCUUGACAGGGAGAAAGCCAAGGAGCUGGAACAUAUACGAGAUCAGCUGACAGCUAAGGCAGAGUUAGACCUUCAGAAAUUAACCAGACACAAAGAUGCUGAGAUUACGAAACUGAAAAUGGAAGUAUCCUGCAAAGAUGUCAUGCUCAACAUAGACGUUCGGAGAUCCAAACUCCUUGAUGAUCUUAAAGAACUGCGGCGUGAGAAGAAGGAACUUGAAGAUACUCUGAACUCAGCAGAAGUUGCCGGAAGAACGUUUUCCAAUGAUCUUCGCAGACAUUCACAGAAUUUUGAGUUGGAGAUGGCAAAAGUGAAGCGGGAAGCUCAAUUAGAGAUAAAGCAGUUGAUCUAUAAAACAACUCAAAUAAACUCCCUCCCAUUCCUGUUUUCACUCCUGGGGUUUCCCAUUUCCAC